ACUAGCCCGCGGGUAUCAAGCAAACCAAUGCAUACUACUCAAUUUCUCUUAAAUGCUAUUUGACUAGGGCUCUUGCGCUCGUUUUGCGGAAACCGCCCUUGGACUUCCGUUGCAGCUCUCAACAAAAAUACUGCGUGAUAUUCAAGUUGAAAAAUAGCAAAUGUGGGCACCUGGGUCUUUAGCGGGCCCAGGCUGUAGAGUUCGACGGGAGUCAUCUUGAGAAGCAGCGUGGCCCGGUUCAGACGUGCUUAACGUCUUUUACAAGAAACGAUCUGGGGCUGGGGCCCACCUUGGGUCUGCCAGCAGCCUAUCCAGCCAACAGCUCUUAUCUAAAACGGGCGCUCAGGGUGGAAACGUGUGAUAUUUGACAAGCACCAUGUUCGCACCGCAAGUCAGCGUCGCCUCGCCCAUGUCUCGCGGCAGCUCGCUGACUCCGCUGGACGGCCUGCGGCCGAUGCCCUCUGACGGCUCCUUCACUGGCGGCAGCGGCGUCAUGGGCGUCAUGGGCGGCAUGGGCGGCGGCAUGAUGGGUGGAAUGGGUGGAAUGGGUGGAAUGGGCGGAGGCAUGCGGGGCCGCACCGCCUCCGCCAACAACCGGCCUUCGCCGCUGGCUGCAACGACGCGCGCCACCACCGCCGCACCCGGCGGUGGACUGGGCAUGACCACCACAGUGGUGGCCACGAAUCUGUCGGAAGCUGACAACAUUAAGGUGGCUGUGCGGGUGCGGCCGCUGUUUCCCCACGAGACCGACAAGGGCGGGACCAGCGUGGUGCAGGUCACCAGCAACACAGCCGUAAAGGUGUGUGUGCCCGGCCCGGCCGGCACAUCCAUGCAGAAGGACUUUGCCUUCCACGCCUGCCUGGGGCCAGAGGUGUCGCAGUCGGACGUGCUGCAUCUGUGUGGGGUGCCGCAGCUGCUGGACGCCGCGCUGGCCGGGUACAACGUCACCGUGUUCGCGUACGGCCAGACAGGCUCCGGCAAGACGUACACGAUGUCGGGUCGUGAGGAGGUGAUCGCGGGGGAGGGCUAUGCCGGAGACAUGACGCACGACGGCAUCAUGAGCCGCGCCAUUGCGCACCUGUACAGCGCGGUGGAGGCCAAGAAGGCUGACACGCGCUUCUCAUUGUCGGCCUCCUAUUUGGAGAUCUACAACGAGGGAAUAUACGACCUGUUGAAUCUCAAGGCCAAGAACCUGCCGGUCAAGUGGGACGCGGCCCUGGGCUUCUUCGUGCCCGGUCUCAAACAGGCGGCCUGCAGCAAACUGGAGACCAUGUUGGACGUGAUCCGCACGGGCAUGAAGCAUCGGCACGUGGGCAGCCACGAGCUCAACAUCGAGUCCAGCCGCUCCCACUCCAUCAUGACCGUCUACCUCACCUCCACCCCCGCCGACCCCGCGGCCGCCGACUUCGGGACGCCGCGAAUGGGCAAGAUCAGCUUUGUGGACCUGGCCGGCAGCGAGCGACUCAAGGACUCCAAGUCGGAGGGCGUCAUGCUCAAGGAGACAACCAACAUCAAUAAGUCGCUGUUUGUGCUGGGCAAGGUGAUCAGUGCGCUGGCGGAGCGGGACAGUAGCGGCACCUCCUCAGCACACAUCCCCUACCGCGAUUCCAAGCUGACCAAGCUGCUGAUGGACUCGCUGGGCGGCAACGCGCUCGCGCUCAUGAUUGCCUGCUGCUCGCCCGCCAGCACCGCGGUGGAGGAAACGCUGAGCACGCUGAGUUACGCCACGCGUGCCAAGAACAUCCAGAACCGGCCCACCGUGCAGUACGACCCCAAGGAGGCGCAAAUCGCCAACCUGCGGCGGGAAAUCGAUUUGCUGCGGCAGGAGAAUGCCUACCUGCGGGAACAGGUGCGUGUGGGUGGCGGCGCCCCCGGUAUGGAUCCCCAAACGCCGCUGUACACCCACCGGCCGCCGCCCGGAACAGCCGCGCCGCCGCCGCCGCCGCCGCCAGACUCCGCGUCCUCCGGCUCCGGCGGCGGCGGCGGCGGCCCCCCGCCCGGCUCCGCGCCCCACUACGCCCACCACCACCACCACCACGGCUCUGCGAUCUGGCCCUCCCUUCUCGGCGGCGCGAAUGGCGACGGCGGAAGCGCGGCCUCCGCGCCCGCCUCCGGCGCUGGCGGCGGCGGCGGCGGCGGCGCCUCCGGCGCGGGCUCUUUGUCUGCGCCGCCGCACCUGCCGCCGGCUCGGCUCAUGUCGCCUCGAGUGGGCGGCGCGCCGGACGCUUUGCGGAACUCCAUCAACGCAUCAUCCGCUUCCUCCUCCUCUUUCUCCCAGCAGCACCAGCAUUUGUUGGAGCCGCUGCGGGUUUCCAUGGACGCGGGGGCGAUGGGAUCGCCGGGCGGCGCGAAUGGCGGCGGCGGCGGCGGGAUGGCGGCGGCGGCGGCGGCGGCGGCGCGGCGGCUGAGCAGCAAUGGGCCGCAACAGCAGCAGGAGGACAUUGACUUGAUGCGAAGAUUGAUGGAAACACAGUCGCUACUGUCGCGCUUCAGCGAGGAGAACGGGCGGCUGGCCAAGGAGAACGACCGCCUGCGAGCCAACCGCCAACUGCUCAGUCAGGAGCACGGCGAGGUGCUGGACGAGAUUGAGAUGCUCCGCGCCAAGCUUGGCCAGCUGGAGAGUGCGGUUCUGUCUGGUAACCAGACCCCCGUGGCUGCGCGCGCCGCGCUGGCGUCCGCCAUGGGCGCCCACCCCUCCGCCGCCGCCGUGCUACAGCAGCAGCAGCAGCAGCAGCAGCAGCAGAGGGCGGACAGCCCCGCCGGAGGAGGAGGAGGAGGAGGAGGAGGAGGAGGCAGUGGAGGAGGUCGCGGGCUGUACCCGAUGGGCAGUGGGCUCAGCGUCAGCGCCGGCGGCGCGCCGCCGCCGGGAAUGCAAAUGGCGAUGCCGGGCUCUUCGGGGCAUGGCGGCAGCGGCGGCGGCGGCGGCGGCGGCGGCGGCGGCGGCGGCGGCGGGCUGCGAUCGAUGGCAUCGGGAAUGGCUGCGCCUCUGCCGGGGGCCAUGGGGCAACAUCACGACUUUGGAGGUGGGAUGGUGAUUAUGCCGCCGCAUCAGCAGCAGCAGCAGCAGCUACAGCCUCCAGGGACGGGUGGCGGCGGCGGCGGCAGCGGCGGGGGCCAUUUUGGGCUGUUGCAGCAGCAGUUGCUACAGCCGCCGGGGUCUUCUGGCGGCGGCGGCGGGAUUGUAAUGGUGAUGGGGCCGGGUAUGGGGCAGAUGGGCGGGGUGGUGAUGGGUGGGAUGCCGUACACGCCCCACACGCCGCUGAUGCAGCAGCAGCAGCCGCACCACAGCCCGCAGCAGCACCUGCAACACCCACAGCAGCAGCAACAAAUGGGGUACCCACAGCAGCAGCAGCCGCGGCCGCCGCCGCCGCAGUCGGGCGGCAUGGGCGGACAUCCUGCUACAGCCGGUGGCGGUGGCGGCGGCGGCGGCGGGGGCGGCAGUAGCAACCCGCUGGCGGGAAUCGCAAACGUGAUGGCGGUGGGCUCGGCGCCGGGCGGCAGCAACGCAAACGCCAUGCGCACUCGCGGCAGGUACGGCGGCGGCUCGGGCGGCUCGGGCGCGGGCGGCGGCGGCGGCAGUGCGGACGAGAUCAUUGUGGCUGACCGCAACAAGCUUGCGCUGCUGCUGGCGACGGAGGGGCCGGCCGAGCCCGCGGUGCCGGUGCGCCCGGUGCCCAUCAAGCCGCCGGAGCCGGUGUACGCCAACCCAGCCAAGAACUACCACGCACAGCACAUUCAGAAGCAGAUGCAGCGCUCUGGCUCCAACCCGCCCUCGCCUAAGGCGCCCACCCCCGGCGGCGGCGGCGGCGGCGCCUCCAUGUCGCCAGGGGGCGGCUGGUGAGGUGGGAGGUGGGGGGUUCCAUGCAUGUUAAAUAACUCGAGAAGACGUAGACUGCAGACUGCGGGGGGUGAGGGGUGGGAGGUGGAGGUGGUAGGUGGAGGUGGCGGCAGCAGGCAGGUGGCCAGGUGGCGAGGGAGGCGGAAGAUGGGAGAUGGGAGGUGGGAGGUGGCAAUAGCAGGCGGAGGCGGAGGUGGUGGUGGAGGCUUGGGACGGCUACGACGGCCGUUGGUUGCGGCUGCUGUGGCAGUUGGCUUGACAGGCCUGGCCUGCCACCGGUGUUAGCGGGCGGUGCCGGCUUUGGAUGCCUACUGCCCUCCCCGGCCAGUGGGAAAGGGCCAUUGCUGGGUCGGGUCGCAUCCCUAAACUCAUUGUUGCAAUACUUUUGUUGUUGUGACUUGUGUGAUUACCUCUGGACUUGGGACUCGUGAGUCGUGACUCUAAACUCUCUAAAUUCUGAACCCUGAAACCUGAAACAAUGUAGUGCGCGCGCGCAUGGCGACGCGUGGUGGGCGCGAGGGCGACGGCAGGCUUUACACGUUGGACGUUCUUUUCGCUAAAUACAUGCUUCAUGAGACUUCGCUGAGUACGGUACAUGCGGACGAUGAUCGCAAAUGAGACUUGCUUGCUUGUCGUUGAUAGCAGCCAAUCAAAUCAAAACACACGACGUAUCUCCUCACGGAGGGGAUGAGCGCUGGUGCCCUACCUCUGACGUGUGACUUUGGCGGCGCGACGGCGUGUGGGCUCAAUUGAGCCAUGGAGCGUGUGUGGGGUUUGGAAAGGGGCAAUUGGGCCAAGGCCCAAGGGCUUGUUUGGCACGCUGUGUGGAUCGGGCGGCCUCCGGUGUGGGGUGACGUGGGAUGUGCGCAGAGCUUGCAUCUUCCAGGGUUAGGCGCCGCCGCUGGCGAGAAGGGCUUGAAGCAUGUGGUGAUGCAAGCCCUGUGCGUGCGGUGGAGGGACCUCACACGACCCAGCACACAACGCUAUGCCCCAGAGGCCCCAGGCGUCCCGUUUGACUAAUACUCUGCUGCCUGCUGUGCAAUCUUGGCAAUCCUGGCAUAGUACUCCUGUUUCUUUCAAGUGCUCCACGCCUCCACGUCGUGUGUGUAUGUGUGUGUGCGUGUGUGCUUGGAAUGACGGGGACAGAGGGGGCGCACACCCGAGGCCGACCUGAGCUUGCCAAGCACCGACGUGCGGGCGUCAACAGGUCAAAAGGUGUGUGCACGGGUGUGUCAGAGCGCAUACCAGGGACGAGGGCAGUGUAUGCGGUGCGGCUUCCAGUUGCGUGCGGCUUCGGGCUUGAAAGCAAUGCAAUGUGAUCGCCAAACAACAGCAGGCAACGGCGGAAGGAGGCACUUGCAGGCCUGGCAGGCCGGGAUGCGUUUGUGUGUGUGAUCUCUUUCGACCGAGCAGCACGAGAGCCCCUCAAACGCAGAUCCGGCGUGUGUGUUAUUAUACACGCGCCAUGUCGCCGGGUGUGGUCUGUGGCAGGCCUGGCAAAAUUUUUGGGCAUGCACUCAGGAUGGGCGGCAGAGGAAGGGGCUGCAUGCCUCUGCCUGGCAGGGCGGCAUGCCUCUCCCUGGCCUGCCCUCCCCAUGAUGCACCUCUGCUCGCCGAAUUCAAUUUACCGGUACUUCUGCAAUGGGUUUGGUCUACUACGCGCUUCUCCUGAACCUGCUGUGUUCCUUGCUUGUUCCUGGCCGCCCUUCUCCGCGCCAUGAUGGCGAGUCAUCCAAGGGCCCAAACCUUCCGUCGGGAUGUGCUGUUGCUGCUUGCGACCCAACUUCAACAGAAGCUGCUUUUGGCUCUGGUGUAUAAGUGGCAACUUGGUCCGGCUGAUCGGUUGCCAGUCACACGAAAGGACGCAAUGGUGCGAUGGGGACAAGUGCAUAAAAAACUAUAAAAACG